AUGUACAAAGUAGGAACUACACACUGGUUAAUUAAAGGAUGGUUCAAUUCUGGAAAUAUGCAGCAUGCCACUGCAAAUUUUAUUUUAGCUGAACAGGUUAACAAACAAAAAGAAUUAACCUUGCGUGAAACUGUCCAGGUCGUAUCUGGAGGUCAGGGAUUCCUAAGUUGUUCAUGUAAAAGUUCUUGUCAAACCAAAAGAUGUGUUUGUUUUAAAACUAGUAUAAAAUGCAACAGUCGUUGUCACAAUUCAUUUACCUGUUCUAAUAAAUAA